CGUCAACCUUUUCGCCAAGACAUAAUGAAGACGUGCGGUAUUUGUAGUGUCCAGUUUAAUGAUGGUGCAAAGUGUGGCAUAUGUAAAAAGCAAUUGGACUUUGGUUGUUCCAAUAUCACCGAGUCAGGAUGGAGGAAGCUAGGCGCAGAAAGAAGAGCCCAGUGGAAGUGUCCGGAUUGUCGCCCUUCUUCGCCUACUGUGCCUGCGUCUGCUUUGGAACCAUCGGUGUCUGCAUCACUUGACGUGAUUUUAAGUGAAAUCCGGGAUAUAAGACGACAAUUAGUGAACUUGCCAACCCUAGUAGAUGACAUAAAAACUAUAAAAGUGGAGCUUUCCGAGCUAAAAACGUUCACCGAGUUCUCUAGCAGCAGGCUUGACGACUUCCAGACUAAGCUUGCAGAACUCGAGGCCACGGUAAGCAGUACUGAAGGACUACGGGACUCGAUGAAUGCUAUUCAAACAGAUAUGGCAAAACUCCAAUUUAAAUUGGCCUCAGAUGACCAAAGAUCAAGACUAAACAACGUUGAGAUUAAGGGUAUUCCUGUGAAAUCCAAUGAAAACUUGUUCAGUAUAAUGGAGUCUAUUAGUCGUGAAAUUAAGUAUAACUGCCCUAAAUCGGCAAUAAAUUAUAUUUCUAGGGUUCCCAAGCAAAACUCAAAAGAAAAACUUAUCAUAGUCAGCUUCUUAAACCGAUAUAUUAAAGAAGACUUUAUUGCUGCAGCACGUGCUUUUAAGGAUCUAUCGACGUCAAACUUGGGUUUCCAGUGUUCGCCACAGCGUAUCUACAUAAAUGACCAUCUCACCGUCGAGUCCAAACAAUUAUUAAGUAAAGUUAAAGCCAUAGCCAAAGAACGUAACUACACAUUUGUAUGGGUAAAGUAUGGCAAAAUACAUAUCAGAAAGAAUACCACAUCAAAAACUAUUAUUAUUAGAAAUGAGACAGAUUUAAACAAAAUUAUUUAAAAUGUUAUCUAUA